AAGCGUUUUUGUGUAGCGUUUGCAGGGACUGCCGAUGAGGUUUCCAGCCAAGAGACAGAGCAGGAAGUUGAUACUGUAGCAUAGAAAGAGAGAAUGAUAAGAGAUGGAUGAAAGUGUCAAUGCAGCCUCCGGCGCUUACCCUGUAGUCCAAGUAGUGAAAGAAGGGGGCCCGGCGGGGGCUUGGCGUGGUCGGCCACAACAACAAAGUCAUCUUCUUUCCGCCUCCUGUUGCCAGUGCUUGAAGGUCUGGGGAUCUCUAUCCGAUCGGAUCCGCCUCAGUCUAUCAACUCCUCCAUUCGUUUUUAUUGUUGUUCCUCCUGCGCUUUUCCCCGCCAAGGCUGCUGCGCCUCUGCGGGCCAAGAGAGACUCCCUCGGCCUGUGUGAAGGUGAGAGAAAGAACCUGAUCGUCUUUCUCCCGCCACAGGGUCUUGCAACAGACCAUAUCAGACCCUUAUCCGUUCGUUGUGCACUGGCUGCAGGCGGCUUCAUCUCCCCAUUAUACAGGAGUGGAUUUGAAACCCGCCCCCCCCCAUCUUUAAUAACGGGUCGCAGUGAUCUUCCAAACCAUUGUCUCACGCUUGGCGGCUGCCUGAUGUUCUGCUUAGAAAGACUCCGGGGGAAUUAGAUCUGACUUCCAUCUUCUCCUUACCGCUGCUGUCAGCUGUUGUUGUUUUGCAAAUCAUUCGUUUACAUUCCACCUUCCGCUCGUUUUGC